AUGAACGGCGGGUCUCUGCCGCCGCUGCCUGCCGCCGCAGCCCGCGGCCGCCGGCGGCCCGCCUCCCCCGAGCUGCUGCGCUGCAAACGCCGCCUGGCCUUCGCCGCCCUGCCGGGCACCGGGGCGGCGGCGGCCGCCGUGGCCCGUCGGAACGAGCGGGAGCGCAACCGCGUUCGGCUCGUCAACCUGGGCUUCGCCGCCCUCCGCCAGCACGUCCCCCACGGCGCCGCCAGCAAGAAGAUGAGUAAGGUGGAGACCCUCCGCUCCGCCGUCGAGUACAUCCGCGCCCUGCAGCGGCUCCUCGACGAGCACGACGCCGCCGCCUCUUUCUCCGACGGCCGGGGCGGGUUUGCCGUCGGGGAAGUUGGCGGCGGCGGCGGCGGGCGGCUACUCCUCCGCUUCUCCCUCCUUCGCCUCCUCCGCGCCCGGCUCGCCUGCUCCUCCGAGGAGAGCGGCUACGACGCGGCGCUCAGCCCCGAGGAGCGGGAGCUGCUGGACUUCACCAGCUGGCUGGGGAGCUACUGA